GUAUUUGCAUCAUGCAGUUAUUUAAAGAAGAGUGACCCUACGGCAAAAAGUGGAGAUUACAUCACUGAUCCAGAUGGCAAGGGAGGUCAGGCAGCAUUCUCAGUGUACUGUGACAUGAGUGACAAGAAUGGUGUUGGCGUGACUGUCAUCAGUCACGAUAGUGAGAGUAGAACACUUGUGAGAGGAUAUGACCCCUUGGGGAACUACUCACGUGACAUUCAUUACACAGGAGCGAGUCUGUCUCAGUUGGCCAGUCUUACAAGCGUCUCCUCACAUUGUGAGCAGUUUAUCAAGUAUGAGUGUUAUCAUUCGAUGAUGUUCAGGUACGGCGGAUUUGCUUGGUGGGUUUCACGAAAUUAUACUAAGAUGACGUACUGGGGAGGAGCAUUAUCUGGCAGUGGUAAGUGCGCAUGCGGGAUGAACAACUCAUGUGCAGACUCUAGGUUUGGCUGUAACUGUGAUAAGAAUGACCACGUAUGGCGUGAAGACAGCGGUCUGCUCACUGAAAAGACAAAGCUUCCAGUAAUACAGCUCAGGUUUGGUGAUACUGGUGAUACGAAACUUCGCGAGAAGGGUUACCACACUCUGGGGAAAUUUAAGUGCUACGGCACAGUNUACGCCUGACAGUUAACAACUCUUACACAGAGCACCUGACAUCUUGAAAACACCCGCGCCUUAGUAAAAAUAGCUCUAAGUCUGCGAAAAAAAGGUCAUUGAUGACCGAGGUAACGCUCGGGGGAGGGAAGCUCGUCGUCUCACUUUGGAGUGUAAAUUGCAGAUUUUGGCCUCACUUAGAGUGUGUGGGAUGGAAGGUCACUAUAUUUGCCCAUUCUGGAAUCGCCUAAUACUGUGUACAAAACAAUGAAAAAAAAUGCCCUGGUACUGAUCGCAAACAAAUCUCCCUUAGGGGUCAGUUUAAGCUUGAGCCACACCUACAUUAGUCUCCCUUAGGGGUUUAGUUUGAAUUUUCUGACGCGCAUCCCCGUCACUUUUAUGUGGGAGUCCCCUCAAGGGUAACGAAUAAAAAUAUUAAUUUUGAACCUUCUCUCAGUAUUUGCAUCAUGCAGUUAUUUAAAGAAGAGUGACCCUACGGCAAAAAGUGGAGAUUACAUCACUGAUCCAGAUGGCAAGGGAGGUCAGGCAGCAUUCUCAGUGUACUGUGACAUGAGUGACAAGAAUGGUGUUGGCGUGACUGUCAUCAGUCACGAUAGUGAGAGUAGAACACUUGUGAGAGGAUAUGACCCCUUGGGGAACUACUCACGUGACAUUCAUUACACAGGAGCGAGUCUGUCUCAGUUGGCCAGUCUUACAAGCGUCUCCUCACAUUGUGAGCAGUUUAUCAAGUAUGAGUGUUAUCAUUCGAUGAUGUUCAGGUACGGCGGAUUUGCUUGGUGGGUUUCACGAAAUUAUACUAAGAUGACGUACUGGGGAGGAGCAUUAUCUGGCAGUGGUAAGUGCGCAUGCGGGAUGAACAACUCAUGUGCAGACUCUAGGUUUGGCUGUAACUGUGAUAAGAAUGACCACGUAUGGCGUGAAGACAGCGGUCUGCUCACUGAAAAGACAAAGCUUCCAGUAAUACAGCUCAGGUUUGGUGAUACUGGUGAUACGAAACUUCGCGAGAAGGGUUACCACACUCUGGGGAAAUUUAAGUGCUACGGCACAGUAUAAGCAUCUUGGUAUCACACAGACAAGCUUAUGGGUUAACUGCAGCUUACUUGAGCGUAAUUAAGCAAAACAUCGAGGAUAAUGUCCUCAACUAGUAAGAUAUCUGCAUUAUUAAGAUUGUUGACUGUGGAGAUGCACAGGAAGUCCUACCUCUCCGCUCACGCAUAUAUUAUCUUGUUUCGCGGAUUGUAUGAAGAUGUAGUUAAGAACUUUGCAUCUUUACUGCUGUAAAUGCACUGUCUGUAAUACAUUAAUAAAGCACAAAACCAAAACGUACUCUCAACUGUUUCACAGCCAUAAAAUGCGUCUGUUAGCCUUUUUGCGGCUUUUAGAGAUUGAUAUGACAGACUUCCCUACCCUUUUGUAUACUGUAUUGUUAUUAUUUUUAAAACUAGUGAAAUCUCUAUCCUUUGUAGUCUGCUACACAGCCGUUUUUUGUGCGUCACGCAACGCUCCUUUUGUGGCAAGCGCAACCUCCUCUUAUGAGCCAUUAUUUAGUACCCCCUCGGGAGUAAAUUGACACCUUGCAUGCAAAUGUCUGGAAAUGUUGCCAAUCCAACGAACGAUAAUACUGACCGUGAAUAUCACAGAAAAAGACGUGAAAUGAUAGAGGGAAACUUAAAAACAACAGGUACAACAACUCUUUCGAUUGUCGUCUUCACUGAUGCAAAAAUAAAGGAGCAAGAUGAAAAACAAAAGGAAAAAAUCUCGAUGAUUUUGAAAAUGGUCACUCAAACUUCAGAAUUUUCACACGAGAAAUUACAAACUUGCGAUGGCAAGAUUCCCUUUAUCUGAUCGAGUGUCUGUGAUGGCGUCCAGAUUCAAAAUGUUAUGAUUGAAGAUUUCAGGGCAUUAAAAGACGCUGUAGAAGACCUAAACAGAUAGGAAAAAGCACAGUUUUAAAAGCGAAUAGGAAACAUGCUAACGAGCAUUACGGUCAAAAGCAAAUGCUAGAAAACUGUGAACUUUACAUGUAUGCUUCUCAUUGGUGCCAACGUCUUUUUUAUUUUAAUAUUUGCACGGAAGUUUCUCUGCUUGUCAACGUACUCCAUACUCCGAGUGCUCCUACUGAAAAGCGAAUUUAAAAACCUUUUUGUUUCACAUGGCUUUGGGUAUAGUCUCACAUGAACCUCUCUUUACGAUCUAAUGAUGCCAUACCCAGUACAUAGCAGCUCUGGUAAAACGCACAUAGGCCUAUGAUGCUGCUAAGUUUUCAACAACCUUAAGAAUUCUGUACUUUUUCUCUCUGCCGACAUCGUGGGUUCAGCUGCUCUAGUAAAAACUCAGAAGAAAUGACAAUUCUUUACUUCGAAUUUUGAAGACGUCAAAUGAAAACUAGCAAUUCAAUCUUCUCCUCUAAAUUAUGUCAUCUUUUUCUCUCACGUACUUCUAUUCUCUACUGAACAUUUGGAACUGAUCUGUUCGAAUCUAUUGUGCUCAAAAUCGAUGGAAUUGCUGCUGUUCUAUUUAUUGUUACUGUUUUUCGUAUGCCAAUCACUCCUCCAUGAAGUUCUUUUGUGCAUAUUUCAGCUUUUUCCCAUGUAUGUAUAUAUAUAUUUACGGUACGUGCUUUCGAAUAUCAGUAUCCAUUAUACUUUAUUUACUGUUUGUUAUUGUUUUAAACGUGCAUUACCAAAAACCCAAAGAAGCGUAACACGUUAACCACGAUAUUUUAUGAAAUAAGCACACUCUUAAAAUUAAAGAAAUAAUUUCACUUGCGUUAUAGACUGUUAGAAUUUUGACAAAUCGCGGAUGGACAUACUCCGUCAUCACCCGAAUACUCCCAAUUAUCUUAAUACGUGCGAGAACAUUUUAUUAUGUUUAUGAAUUGAAUAGUUAAAUAUUAAUACAGACGUCAAUACCAUAUUUAUCUUUUGCCUAUACCGGACUAUAUUUUCCCUUAUAUAAAUGACAGUAAACCAGUUCAAUCAGAAGAAGUUCUUUCUACGGGGUCUUCAAUAUGACAGGCCGCUGUUUCUCCGUGUUAGGGCUCUUGUUGGUUUGUAAUUUCUGGGGAGCUUGGUUGACGUACAUUGCAACUGCACUUGAAAGUAAGAAAUAAUGUUACUUAAGUCAUAAAAAUGAAGUUUCCCUUUGCAGAUAAAUGGUUUCUGAUAAAAAUCUAGACCAGUAAGUUUAAUCUGACUUGUAAUGACUACUAAAUUGGCAUAACCUUCUUCAUCUAUUUUUCCUGGGUAUUACAGUCAUCCCAAGAGAAUUGAAGACAAUGCCUAGCAAAAUGUUUAGGGGCAAACAAGGUGUAUCUAUCAUCAUGGGAGAUGUGCAAACGGCGAAGUGGGAGGCAACAGAAAUAAUGAUGAUGACUUUUUUACCAAAAAUGCAUUAAUAUUUAUAAACAUUAUAUCAGAUAUCAGAUCGGUCCUGGUAUCUCCAUCGCUUGUGAAAUUUCUUGCUGAGAAGGGUAUUACGUUUACGAUAAUCAGACUAAAUUAAAGAAGGACAAAGGCAUUUUCCGACAUAAUGUGCGAGUUAUCAUCAAACCUAUACAUUGAGGUUUAUCACUUUCUUUAUAAUCUCUUUGCGGCAAGUUCAAGUCUUAUUCAAAUAUUCUAACUGUUUCCUUUUUUCUGUAACAUAUCUUAAUAACUUAAUAACUUAAUAACUUGUGUAUAUCACUCAGUUUCCUUUGUAAUAUCUUUAGCUUUUAAAUCAGCAUUACGCCUAACAGUUAACAACUCUUACACCAAGCACCUGGCAUCUUGAAAACACCCGCGCCUUAGUAAAAUAGCUCUAAGUCUGCGAAAAAAAGGUCAUUGAUGACCGAGAUAACACUCGGAGGAGGGAAGCUCGUCGUCUCACUUUGGAGUGUAAAUUGCAGAUUUUGGCCUCACUUAGAGUGUGUGGGAUGGAAGGUCACUGUAUUUGCCCAUUUUGGAAUCGCCUAAUACUGUGCACAAAGCAAUUUAAAAAAAAUGCCCUGGCACUGAUCGCAAAGAAAUCUCCCUUAGGGGUCAGUUUAAGCUUGAGCCACACCUAGAUUAGUCUCUCUCUUUGAAUUUGCUGACGCGCAUCCCCGUCACUUUUAUGUGGGAGUCCCCUCAAGGGUAACGAAUAAAAAUAUUAAUUUUGAACCUUCUCUCAGUAGUUGCAUCAUGCAGUUAUUUAAAGAAGAGUGACCCUACGGCAAAAAGUGGAUAUUACAUCAUUGAUCCAGAUGGCAAGGGAGGUCAGGCAGCAUUCUCAGUGUACUGUGACAUGACUGACAAGAAUGGUGUUGGCGUGACAGUCAUCAGUCACGAUAGUGAGAGUAGAACACUUGUGAGAGGAUAUGACCCCUUAGGGAACUACUCACGUGACAUUCAUUACACAGGAGCGAGUCUGUCUCAGUUGGCCAGUCUUACGAGCGUCUCCUCACACUGUGAGCAGUUUAUCAAGUAUGAGUGUUAUCAUUCGAUGAUGUUCAGGUACGGCGGAUUUGCUUGGUGGGUUUCACGUAAUUCUACUAAGAUGACGUACUGGGGAGGAGCAUUAUCUGGCAGUGGUAAGUGCGCAUGCGGGAUGAAAAACUCAUGUGCAGACUCUAGGUUUGGCUGUAACUGUGAUAAGAAUGACCACGUAUGGCGUGAAGACAGCGGUCUGCUCACUGAAAAGACAAAGCUUCCAGUAAUACAGCUCAGGUUUGGUGAUACUGGUGAUACGAAACUUCGCGAGAAGGGUUACCACACUCUGGGGAAAUUUAAGUGCUACGGCACAGCAUAA